GGGCACUUACAGGCAACAGGCGGUGACAUCGUAUUACAACGACCCACUGGAGCACGCAUGGCACAUGCAAAUCAUGCUAUUUCUUGUCAAGAGCGGCAUGGCAUUCAAUUGCGUGAAGCUUGAGAGCUUCAAACGCAUGUUGACAAUGAUCAUCCCACCUGGGGUUCCCGGGUUGCCCACCCCGAAACCCCCGACAUAUCACAUGAUCCGUACCUCGCUUUUGGAUGAGCUUGAUGCGGAAGUUCAAAAGUGUGUGAAACCCGUCCUUGCUACUUCGGCAACCUACGGAUGCACGAUCAUGACAGACGGGUGGACCAACAUUCGGGGCCAAACGUUGUGCAACUACCUCGUCGGGACCACGCGGGGCGUGACAUACGUCGCGACAGAUGUCAUGCGAGGAAAAAAGGAUGCCGCCGCUCUGGCGCAGGCUUGGCUGCGAAGGUUGAAGUCCCUUGACAUCAAGCUCGCAGACAUCACCGCGUUCGUCACAGACUCGGCUAGUUCCAACGUUUCUGCGAUGGAGGUGUUCCAGAAGGAUGAAAGUGUUAAGCACAUCUUCUGGAUUCCUUGUGUGGCGCACGUCAUGGACCUCAUCCUUGAGCACAUCGGCGACAUUGAGUGGGUGGCGACCCGCAUUGCUCAGGCGCGGGUGGUCACAAAGUUUUUCAAGCGUCAUAGCCAUGCUCGCGAGGUCUUGCAAUCUUUCUCGACAGCUGCACUGUUGCUUCCUGCCGAGACUCGCUUCGGCACGCAUGUCAUUAUGAUGCGGCGGCUUCUUAAGUUGCAAUCGUAUCUCAUGAGGGCGGUGAUCGACGAUCGGUGGAAGGACACUGUUUGGGCGACGAAGAAGAUUAGAGACGACGCCGCGGAGGUCACAGCAUGUGUCGGUUGUCCUCGGUGGUGGGAGGAUAUGACGGCAUUGUGCAAGUUGUUGGAUCCCAUCAUGGACAUGUUGCAGAUGGUGGACAGCGACACGAGGCAGAUUGGCAAGAUUUUACGUCGGUACGACGAGAUGAUCGUGCGUUGUUUGUCAGCAUGUGCCUCGUUUGACAGGGGUGAGCAGGACGCAGUUCUCGAGGUGUUUGACAGACGCCGCACAAUGUUCAAGUCGCCUGCUCAUAUUGCUGCCAUGAUGUUGGAUCCCGAGUUUCGAGAGCGCACGAUGCCAGACGACGACGAGAUACAGCAGGGUUUGAAAGUCGCUCUUGUUCAGUUCGGGUACCCGGAGGGUUCGGAUCAGCACAACGAGGUGCUGGCUGUCGUUGACAAGUUUCACACCAGGGAACCGCCGUUCGACGACGUGGCCAUGGACCGAGCGGCGAGGAGCUACACCCAUCCAGCCACGUUUUGGGAGUCGAAGGAGAAGAGGUUCCCGCACACGGCCUUCUUUGUCGGCAGGAUACUGCGUGUGUGGGCGACUGCAUCGCCCUGCGAGCGAGCAUGGUCCCGCUGGAGCUUCAUCCACUCCAAAUCCCGAAACAGAUUGGAGGUGGCACGGGCCGAGAAGCUCGUGCGAUGCCACUGGAACCUUCGAAUCCUCGACAGGCAGGGUAUAUCAGACGAUGCUCCCAACAACAGGCCACAUCCAUACGGGAGCUGGGUGCACUAUUUGCAGCAGGUGGAGGAGGAGGUGCCCACUGACCAGCAGCUUGUCGCCGACAGAGGAGCCCGUGUUGCGGUGACGCAUGAGGAGUUGUUGCACGCUAGAGAGAGGAUGCGUGCCGUGUCCCGCAUGGGAGCCGCUYGUCGUUUGCGAGAGUCAGAGAGGAGGAGACGUCGUGGAGGUGGUCGCGGAGGUGGUCGUCGGGCCGGUCGUGGGCGAGGCGGGCGUGGAGGUCCUGACGGGAGGAGGAGUGUCGCGAGUCGUGGAGUGACGGCGGCCCAGCUUAUACGCAAGCCUCGCCAGCGAUGGGACGAGGGAGACUUUUUGUACGAGAGCUCAUCGAGUGUUGAUGAGGAUUUCUUCGGCAGUGGCAUGCCUGCACAGGAUGGCGACAGCGAUUUCGACGACCGUCACUUGGACGUGGACGGCGAUGACGGCUCCAGAGGCGAUGAUCGUGGUGAUGGGGGAGAUCAGCCACGACCUCGCUCGACACGGAGAGACGACGAUAGAGGGUUUGACGAGGGAGCGGGACAUUGCCGUGUUGAUGGUGACGCUGAUGCAGGGAGCGGUGCAGUGGCCUCGAGACCUGCAGACGGUGACACCAAGGACGUCCCCGGGGCGGGAGGCGAGCACCGCACAGCCUCGGAUGGGGUGCGAGAUGGAGCGACUGAUGGUGGUGCAGGACUUGUGGAUGGCGGUGGCUUGAGGCGUUUGAAGCGCGGACCCAGGGAACGAGACACUAUCGCUUCCCCUCCGACGGGGUCCUUGGCAGCAAUCCAGGAGUCGGAAUCGGGUCAAGCACCGUCGAUGCGUCAUCCCGAGUUGAAGGGAGACAACGGUGUUCUCCAGGUGAUGGACGACGAGGGUUCGGCUCAUUCAAUGCAUCAGCUCACUUCUGCUGGAGCGCCUGCAUUGUCAGUUGUAGCAACCUCCGAUGUGCGACUACCGCCGUCAGCGACGGAUCGAGAGAUUGUGCCGCUGGCUCCCAGUGCUUUGGAUGAUCAUCCCGAUGUAGCCAUGGAGGGGGUUGAGAGGCAGCAACCAAGCACACAGGGAGCCGAUGCAGAUGACACUGUGUCGCGGCCACCACGUGCAUUGACGAAGGGGACUGCUGAUGUGUGUCUAGGCGACGAUCUCCCGGACGUGGUCGUCUCAUGCACUCCGGGAUUGCCCCACCGGCAGUCUUCCUGUGUUGGGGGGUUGGACGAGCCAGGAGCCCGGAUUGCAGGCAAACCCUCCGCACCUUGUACGGGGACACGAUCCAUCGGGAGUGUCGACGGUGCUCGCCACACCGCCAUGUCAGAGUAUGAGGACCAACAUGGGAGCGCCUUGCCGACGAAGACCUCUGAUGUCCAUGCUACGAGGGCCGCGAAGGCGAGUCUUUCUCGAGCAAGGAAGAAGGCUUCGAAAAGGAAGGCGUCACGCUUGUCGCCACAUAUGCGAUCCCACAUUGGGCGAUUCGGUGUUGCGCCUCUCGAGGACGGAGAGAUUACACCUGAUGGCGCUGCGUCGGAUGUUGGAGAGAGGCCUUGGGGGGCGGACAGCUUCUGCAGGGAGGGUGCAGGCACUGUAGGACAUGAAGUGGCAGGUCAGAAGAGACGUAGCAGUGUACUUAUUGUCCACGACGACAACACGGAUGUCGCCCCGGGAGAGACCACAGGCACUGAUGAUGCGGGGGACUCCGAUUACGUGCCUAAACCUCGGGGGGCGGACGGAGAUAUUGGAGGAGGGCGACGAGUGAGACCGAGGACACGACUUGGGCCAUCCGGCCAAGCCCCGUACAUGUAAUGUUUCAAUUUGUAGGUUGGGUAGCUGACCAUGAAAGGUUUCCGGUAUGUUGUAUUGUUGUAUCGGUUUUAUUUUUGUAUC